CCCAAAAUGUCGCUCGUGCAUAAAUUUCUCAUUUUGGCUUAAUUUUUUUAGUUUUUACUAACAAACUGUUCUAAAAAGGUUUAGAAUUCAUGGUUCCGACAUCGCUGAUCUAUUUCGACACAUUGACGCGUAAAACAUGUCCAAUCACUACGAUAUACCUUCCUGGGCCGGCAAGCCGCCCACUGGAUUGCACCUGGACGUGAUGAAAGAUGACAAAUUGGUUCAGAAGCUGAUGAUCGACGAGAAGAAGUGCUACCUUUUCGGGCGAAAUCCACAGAUGAACGAUUUCUGCAUCGAUCAUGCAUCCUGUUCCCGCGUCCAUGCUGCAUUCGUCUAUCACAAGCACCUGAACAUAGCGUAUCUGGUAGAUUUGGGUUCCACGCAUGGAACUUAUAUUGGUUCGGUUCGACUGGAAGCGCACAAACCGACGCAGUUGCAGAUCAAUUCAACCUUCCACUUUGGGGCAUCGACUAGGUUUUACAUGCUGCGCGAGAGACCUAAUGUGCGAUCGAACAUAAUGGAAGAUAUACCGAUGAUGGAUACGAGCGACGGAACGUAUCUGGGACUCCCUGAAAGCCAAACGGAACUGGAUAAUUUGACAGAGUAUAAUACCGCUCAUAAUCGGAGGAUCACGAUGCUAGGAAUAGCUGACGAGACUAGUAGCUUUAAAAAGAACAUGAAGAAUAAGAGAAAGAGGAAAGGUGUCCAGUUCAAUGAAGAUGAAAUCGUCAUCAAUCCCGAAGAUAUUGAUCCGAGUAUAGGACGAUUCCGUAAUCUCGUUUCGUCUACAGUCGUCCCAGUAGCUGCCAAACGGGCAAAACUCGAAGUCCAUUCAAUGGGUCUUUCUACGUCACCUUCCUCCGGUAAAGCCAUGCAGCAUUCUCACAAUUUGGUACCGAGUUUGUACCAUGGAAUCGAUGAGCAAUCGCACGAUGGCCGAGGUAGCACCGGCAAUGGGUCCGGUUUUGGUUUCAACAUGGACACGACACCCAGCGGUAUGACCACACAACUGGGUAUUAUUCUACCAAAUCCAGCGCCGGAUGUGGACCCAGCUAGUGCCAGCACAUCUAUAAUGCCUCCUCCAAUGUACAACAACAUGGCACCCAAGAGGGUGAAAAUUGCAGAAAAACCAGAUGUAUCUGACGAACCGAAGAAGAAGAAAUACGCAAAGGAACAGUGGCCUGGGAGGAAACCACUCGGACUGGGAGGAUUCUAAAUUUUAAGCAGCGUUACGAUUCUAAUCGUAGGUAUUGGUGUGACUAUUUGGUAGCCUGCUAAAAUUACUGAAUAAUAAUUAAUACAUAAUCGAAUGUUUAUGCCGUAACACGUUAAGCAUAGGAACGUGAAAUGUUUUUGAUAUUUAGUGAGAACUUCCUGGAAAUACGCAACUUAUAGCUAUUGUAGAAACUUACGGAUACUUUUUUCUGUUAAUUUGAUUGCAGUGUUAAGGUAAUUUUAUGAUUAAUUUGCAUUUUAAAGUCCGCGGUGCUCAUUUUUUCCUUUUAGUCAGUAAUCUAAUAAGUUGUCAAAAUCCAGAAUUAUGCUAAUCUAGACAUUGGAAAAUUCUCGAGACUGGGACCUCAAUAUUGUUUAGACAAUCUUUGACUUAGGUACAUAACAAUUGUAUAGGUCAUCUAUAUUUAAAAAAAUAUAAAUAAAUCGAGACAAUGAAGAAAAACCAACCCACCUUCAUAGAAGAAAUUUAAGCUCCUUGCUGUUGAGCAUUUUUUUCAAGAUCUUGGACAUAGAAAAAUUUUCAAUAGUCUGCAACUGAGCAAUUUACGAGAUCGCGAUUUCAGAU